AUGUCUCAAACAAACAUCAAAGCCGUUUUCUUCGACUUCAUGGGCACCUGUCUUGACUGGCAUACCAGUGUCGUCAAAUCUUUGCCUCCUUCAAUUCCAGAGGUGGAACGAUCAAAACUUGCACUUGAAUGGCGCAGAAGAUAUUUCCUUGAAAAUAGCCAGCGCCACCAACAAGAGCUUUCGCCUGAGGAUAUCGACAUCACGCUUGCCCGUGUUCUCGACGCUGUACUUCCCGACUUCCCGACUUCCAACGCUGCCAUAUCCCCCGAUAUCAAAGGAAAAAUUAUCCAGGCCUGGCAUUCCCAGCCUGCGUGGCCGGAGGUCGGAAAAGCAAUUCGGAGCCUACGGGAUGAUCUUGGCCUCGAAGUCUUUGUUCAUGCCAAUGGUACAACCCGCCUGCAGCUUGAUCUGACGCGCUCUUCUGGCUUGAAUUUCAACAUGCUGUUCUCCAGCCAGCUACUAGGUGUCUAUAAGCCUAGCCCUCUGGCAUAUCAGAAAGCGCUGGACCUGGUCAAACUGAACCCGGAGGAGGUUGUCCUAGUCGCGGCGCAUGCUUAUGAUUUGCGCGGUGCUCAAAGCGUUGGGCUUAAAACCGUUUAUAUUCAAAGAUGGACUGACGACAUCGAUGAGGAUAUGGAUAAGGUUAGAACUGAGUUUGAUGAGUUUCUAGAGGAUAUGGAGAAUCUUCCCGGUGUCAUUUCCAGAAUGUGA